GGCCGAUGGGCCAGUCGGCCUCCGUUAUUGGUCAAAGCGAUGUGCGCCGGCGCGCGCAAGAGCGGCGCCGUGUUCGCCGAUUGGCUUAGAGGAGCCGCCCGUCAGGGGACCUGUAUCCUGGCAGCAGCUCCGCCGUGUGAGAGCCGCCUGGCGCUGCUCCCGUCUCGGUUAUCCUUCCACCGUUCACCCCUCCAAACAAUGAUAUCUCUAUUCCGUGCGGCUCUAAACAUCCUUCAUCGACUGAUCUUCUGAACGCUUCGGAUUGAUUCGACCAUCUUACAGUUUGCCAUGGCGACGGUGGUGAUGGAGCAGAUCGGUCGCCUGUUCAUCAACGCCCAGCAGCUGCGUCAGAUCCCUCAGCUCCUGGAGUCGGCCUUCCCCACGCUGCCUUGCACUGUCAAGGUGUCCGAUGUCCCCUGGGUGUUCCAGGAGCGCCACAUCCUCACCGGCUACAGGCAGCCGGACCAAAGCUGGCGCUACUACUUCCUCACCCUCUUCCAAAGGCACAACGAGACCCUCAACGUGUGGACCCAUCUGCUGGCCGCCUUCAUCAUCUUGGUCAAGUGUCAGGAGAUCUCGCAGACUGUCGACUUUUUGCGAGACCCUCAUGCUCAGCCCCUCUUCAUCGUCCUCCUGGCAGCCUUCACCUACCUCUCCUUCAGCGCCCUCGCUCAUCUGCUCUCUGCCAAGUCCGAGCUCUCCUACUACACCUUCUACUUCCUCGACUACGUGGGGGUCUCCGUCUACCAGUAUGGCAGCGCCCUGGCGCACUACUACUACGCCAUAGAGAAAGAGUGGCACUCUAGAGUGCGAGGGCUCUUUUUGCCUGCCGCAGCAUUCUUGGCCUGGCUUACAUGCUUCGGCUGCUGCUACGGCAAAUAUGCGCGGCCCGAGAUGCCCAAGUUAGCCCACAAGCUCUUCCAAGUGGUGCCCUCAGCCUUGGCUUACUGUUUAGACAUAAGCCCUGUGGUUCACCGCAUCUACAGCUGCUACCAGGAGGGCUGCUCCGACCCGGUCGUGGCGUACCAUUUGUACCACGUGCUCUUUUUCUUAGUCGGCGCCUAUUUCUUCUGCUGCCCUCACCCAGAGAGUUGGUUCCCUGGGAGGUGUGACUUCAUCGGGCAGGGCCACCAGCUCUUUCACGUGUUCGUGGUGGUGUGCACCCUGAUGCAGAUCGAAGCGCUGCGAACAGACUUCACGGAGCGCCGUCCCUUCUACGAGCGCCUCCACGGCGACCUCGCACACGACGCCGUUGCACUCUUCAUCUUCACUGCCUGCUGCAGCGCCCUCACAGCCUUUUGUGUGCGCCAGCGUGUACGUGCCUCUCUACACGAGAAGGAGGAGUAAGAUUCGAAAUGAAUGGGGGAAAAAAAAAAAGAAAGUCUAAUUUAUUGUACUCCAUAGUGACCGUUAGUUAAAAAUAAUGGAGAUGUUUUUUUUGUAAAUGAACGUUAUUAGUUUGUGACAGUGACUUGAUUAUUUCUUCUCUAUGUGAUCUGCCAAAACUACAGUCAGCUAAAACAAGCGAUUGAAGGUCUUUUAUAUUUAUUUUUUUAUGAGUUACAACGAUGCAAAGGGAGUCUUAUAAUUUGUCUGUAGCAGUACAGGUAGUGUUCAAACACUAAAAAGCGUCUUCGCAUCUUAGGUGCACUACGCAACUUUUUUUACAUGCCUAUUAACAGACAGAGAGCUAUUAGAGCUAGAUGUACUUUCAAGGUGCAAUAUGUAGGAAUUAUAUUUUAAGUCAUCAAGAAUUUAACUAAUAUUAUGAACAGAAUGUGAAGAAAUAACACAUAUGUCUCUGUGUCUGGGCGACUUUUAAUUGUGUAGCCAAGAUAUCUUCUGAAGCUAGCAUGCUAAGUAGCUAGCCCCUAAUUGCUCUGUUCCACGAGUAAAGACUCCCAUUGGUGCUCCGAGCCUCCUGUCUGGGAGAGUCAGACAACAGGAGUGCUAGCUGCAUGGCUAACUGAGCUAACUAGCUAACAGCAGCUAAAGUUGGCAGCACUUGUAGGUUUCUCUUUGUUCUAAGCAUGAAUUGGUCAGGUGGAUAAAUCUUACAUAUUGCACCUUUAAAGCCAAACGUUUACAUUUUUGUGAAUGAACAAGCGUGUAGUAUGAGAUAUGGCGAGAACAGAAAGAUCAUAGCGGUCCCACAGUUCAAAAAUAUAGGACGACAGAACCAAGCUGUUGCUAAAAAAAGUUACAUAGUGCACUUCUAACUCUAAAGAAAUAUUUUUUUUCUUCUACAAAGAUACUUUCUGACAAGGUGCGGACAAACAGGUUCUUAAGAUGCCUUACAACCAGAUGUAAUUUGAAUGAUCUGACCGAAGCAUUUUCAAACCACGCAAGCAUUUGCUUUUACAAUUUACAGUCCCGCAACAAAUUGUGGUGGUCAGGUACCAAUUGCAAUCCAAUUAAAAUCUGACAAUGUUUUUUCACUCGGAUCUUGCCCCUCUCUUUACGGAUCAAAGCAGGGAUUUCUUUAUUUCAAUUUAACAAGGCACUAACGCUGUGUCACACAAAUGUUUGACCAUAUUUCUGAGAAAGUUGAGAACCCAAUUAGAAAACCAAAUAUUGCAACCUCCUGUUUAAAGAAAAAAAAUAAAUAAAAAGGGAUAUUUUUCUUUGGGUGAUACCAUUCUGUUGAAAUUGUUUUAAAAAUGAGGCUGGCACUCAGUAUUGGUUAAGAGAUGAAUUGAAGAUUACUGAUGUCUCUUUGUUGUUAUGACAAUGUUAAUCUUUUUUUACUCAAAGGGCUGGAACUUCAGCUUUUGCCUUUUUCACAUCCCAUGAUGUCAGUGCUUUUUGCGCGCGUUGUUUUCAUCGUCGGGUCGAUCAGAUGUUGAGUCACAAAAAGCCACGUCUGACUGGUGUUCUGCUUUUGGUAUGUGUUUUUUUUUUUUUGUAUGAUGAAUAUGUAUGUGCCUCUGCGCAUGUCUUUUGGUAUAUGCUGUGGAUAUUAAGUGUGUGAAUGUCUAUGAAAGCUUAGCCUUGCACUCCUUUCUUAUCCUGUAAAUAAGCUGUGUUUCUCGAGACGGUCAUUUGCAUCCCAUUUUCUCCCCACAAAACAGUGUGCAGGACUGACUGCAUCCUUUUUUCCUCUGGCGGAAUACAGCACAUUUCUACUUUGCUGCAUCCUUUCAGAGUGCGUGUCGUGCUCACUGUCCUCCUGCCUAUCAGACUUUAAUAGCCAUGAAUACAUAAUUUCAUACUGCUGCACUGUUACACUGAAGACUCCUUCUGAUUUCCUCUUUUGUCUGAUGACUUUUGUUAUGAGAAACAUCACACGGAUACGGCUCACUGGUAAUGUUGCUUAGGUUUUUAUCUCACAGAAUCUUAAAUGUCAGAACCGAUCCGUAUUCAUUAUAGCGCUCCCCGUUCAUGAUGUUUAAUGUGCCAAUGAAUCUGUUAUUGCUUCAGUGAUGGUACUACUGAGAGAUGAGUUCAGAGACAGAGGGACAGAAGUGACACGUUGGUUUUUAAAUGAUGUCCUGACCUGACUACAAACAUGUGACUGGUGAGAUUUAAAUCCCUGAAUAUGAACCUUCUAACUGUUGGCAUACUUACCUGGUCUCAUCAUGCACUGCCUGAAUCAACACUGUACAUAUACUGUAGCUGACAACACUGGCUAUGUUUACAUGUGUGGAGGUAUCUGCUGUUAAAGUGGUUAUUCUAAUUCUGCGAUGAGUCUUGGAAUAACCUGGGUAAACCGAAGCAAGGCACCUCCCUUCUUGCACAUGGUUAAUAGUUGGCGACAAGACUGGGGCUCUUGUGCACAUGUAGUCCAACAAAAGGCUCAAUUAUAGGCUAAUGAUAUGGCAGAUUGGCAAAUGAAGCCUAUAAGUCUUUCACCAGCCCUGCGUGUGACAGGAGUUUAUUGUCCUGACCAUUAAAAGGACCAAAACUAUUUCUAGUAUUUAUGUUUUGUUGCAAUGCGGAUACUCCCGGAUUGUCUCAGUUGCAUGCCAGUUAAACCUGACUGAGAUCUUAAUUGGAAUAUGGCGUGUGUAAACGUAGCCUCUGAUGCCACCCAAGGUUUCCCUUUAUCACUUCAUGAAAGCAGGGUGAGGGGGACCAGAAUGUCUUCUGCCUCUAAAAAAAAAAAAAUGUGUGUGACUGACUGUACUAAUAUUAUGUGGUAUUUAAGAAAAUAAAGUGUUCAAGUAACUUCAGUUUCUCCUGUUUGUUUUUCACAGGUCAGAGGCCAUAUGGAAGUAAAGAAAGGUCAUAACAAUGUGAAAGUUUUGUGUACCUGAAAAUGUAAUUUGUGUAAUUUAACCAGUGUUGACAUUAAAGUUAUAACAUUAAAAUA